AUGCUACUUCUUUUACAGAUACUACUUCCACAGAUACUACUUAUACAGAUACUUCUUCUACAGAUACUACUUCUACAGAUACUUCUUCUACAGAUACUUCAUACUUCUUCUACAGAUACUACUUCAACAGAUACUACUUCUACAGAUACUACUUCCACUGAUACUACUACCACAUAUACUACUUCUACAUAUACUACUUCUACAGAUUAUUCUUCCACAUAUACUACUUCCAAAGAUACUAAUACUACUUCUACAGAUACUUCUUUUACAGAUACUACUUCUAAAGAUACUUCUUCUACAGAUACUACUUCUACAAAUACUACAUCUGCAGAUACUACUUCUACAAAUACUACAUCUGCAGAUACUACUUCUACAAAUACUACUUCCACAUAUACAACUUCUACAGAUACUUCUUCUACAGAUACUACUUCAACAGAUACUACUUCUACAGAUACUACUUCCACUGAUACUACUACCACAUAUACUACUUCUACAUAUACUACUUCUACAGAUUCUUCUUCCACAUAUACUACUUCCAAAGAUACUACUUCAACAGAUACUUCUUCUACAGAUACUACUUCUACAAAUACUACUUCCAAAGAUACUACUUCUACAGAUACUACUUCUACAGAUACUUCUUCCACAGAUGAUACUACUUCAACAGAUACUUCUUCCACAUAUACUUCAGCUACUUUUUCUACAGAUACUACUUCCACAAAUACUACUUCCACAGAUACUACUUCUACAGAUACUACUUCCACAGAUACUACUUCUACAUAUACUACUUUCACAGAUACUUCUUCUACAGAUACUACUUCUACAAAUACUACUUUCACAGAUACUUCUUCUACAGAUACUUCUUCUACAGAUACUACUUCCACAGAUACUACUUCUACAGAUACUACUUCCACAGAUACUUCUUCUACAGAUGCUACUUCUACAAAUACUACUUUCACAGAUACUUCUUCUACAGCUACUUCUUCUACAUAUACUUCUUCCACAGAUACUACUUCCAAAGAUACUUCUUCCACAGAUACUACUUCUACAGAUACUUCUUCUACAGAUACUACUUCCACAGAUACUACUUCUACUGAUACUUCUCCUACAAUUUACUCCUUCCACAGAUACUUCUUUCACAGAUACUUCUUCCACAGAUACUACUUCCACAUAUACUACUUUUACAGAUACUACUUCUACAGAUACUACUUCUACAGAUACUACUUCUACAGAUACUACUUCCACAGAUACUCCUUCCAUAGAUACUUCUUCUACAAUACUACAUCUGCAGAUACUACUUCCACAUAUACAACUUCUACAGAUACUUCUUCUACAGAUACUACUUCAACAGAUACUAAUUCUACAGAUACUACUUCCACUGAUACUACUACCACAUAUACUACUUCUACAUAUACUACUUCUACAGAUUCUUCUUCCACAUAUACUACUUCCAAAGAUACUACUUCAACAGAUACUUCUUCUACAGAUACUACUUCUACAAAUACUACUUCCAAAGAUACUACUUCUACAGAUACUACUUCUACAGAUACUUCUUCCACAGAUGAUACUACUUCAACAGAUACUUCUUCCACAUAUACUUCAGCUACUUUUUCUACAGAUACUACUUCCACAAAUACUACUUCCACAGAUACUACUUCUACAGAUACUACUUCUACAAAUACUACUUCCACAGAUACUACUUCUACAGAUACUCCAUCCACAGAUACUUCUUCCACAGAUACUCCUUUCACAGAUACUACCCCUAGAUUUACUCCUUCCACAGAUACUUCUUUCACAGAUACUUCUUCCACAGAUACUACUUCCACAUAUACUACUUUUACAGAUACUACUUCUACAGAUACUACUUCUACAGAUACUACUUCUACAGAUACUACUUCCACAGAUACUCCUUCCAUAGAUACUUCUUCUACAGCUACUUCUUCCACAGAUACUACUUCCACAUAUACUACUUUUACAGAUACUACUUCUACAGAUACUACUUCCACAAAUACUACUUCUACAGAUACUACUUCAACAGAUACUUCUUCCACAUAUACUACUUCUACAGAUGCUACUUCCACAGAUACUACUUCCACAGAUACUACUUCUACAGAUACUUCUUCUACAGAUACUUCUUCUACAGAUACUACUUCCACAAAUACUACUUCCACAGAUACUACUUCUACAAAUACUACUUCCACAUAUACUUCUUCUACAGAUACUACUUCUACAAAUACUACUUCCACAGAUACUACUUCUACAGAUACUCCAUCCGCAGACACUUCUUCCACAGAUACUCCUUCCACAGAUACUUCUUCCACAGAUACUACUGUAACAGAUACUUCAUCUACAAAUACUACUUCCACAGAUACUACUUCUACAGAUACUACUUCCAAAGAUACUACUUCCACACAUACUACUUUUACAGAUACUACUUCUACAGAUACUACUUCUACAGAUACUACUUCCACAUAUACUCCUUCCAUAGAUACUUCUUCUACAGCUACUUCUUCUACAGAUACUACUUCUACAUAUACUACUUCUACAGAUACUAUUUCAACAGAUACUUUUUCCACAUAUACUACUUCUACAGAUGCUACUUCUUUUACAGAUACUACUUCCACAGAUACUACUUAUACAGAUACUUCUUCUACAGAUACUUCGUCUACAGAUACUACUUCUACAAAUACUACUUCCACAUAUACAACUUCUACAGAUACUUCUUCUACAGAUACUACUUCAACAGAUACUACUUCUACAGAUACUACUUCCACUGAUACUACUACCACAUAUACUACUUCUACAUAUACUACUUCUACAGAUUAUUCUUCCACAUAUACUACUUCCAAAGAUACUACUUCAACAGAUACUUCUUCUACAGAUACUACUUCUACAAAUACUACUUCCAAAGAUACUACUUCUACAGAUGCUACUUCUACAAAUACUACUUUCACAGAUACUUCUUCUACAGAUACUACUUCUACAAAUACUACUUCCUAA